AAACGGUGCAUGUAAUUUUAAUGUCACUGUCAGGCCUACACUUAAUAUUUGGUUUAGAUAGAUUUAUUGUUUAGGUUUUACAUAAUUAAGCUUAACAGUAUGUAUAGUUCGAAAGAAUAGGUUUUGUUGAAAUCGCAUUUAUUUUGUCUCACUAAUUUUUAGCCAGCGCCUAGCGACACUAAAGUAAUACUAAAAAUAUUAUUUCUCACCCUGACCUGUUUGAAGCUGAACUUUGAUUUGGACUUUACUUUUAUAUUUAAUUUAUUAGUCUUACCGAUUCUUCAGCGAAAACAACGAACGGAUCCAAUUAUUAACUUAAACAUUUGUUAGUCCUAUGGUUUCUAUGCUGAGGUGUAAACAAAUUUCAUUGUUUGGUUCAAAUAUUUAGUUUUUACUAAUUGUUCGCAUUUCAAUUCAAAUAACAUAAAAUUAGAUUGAAGUUUUCAAAAUGUUUUUCCAAAAAUCUCUACUGCUAGUGACGUCAAAACUGGCAUUAUUGGUAUUAGUAAUAUUGGUCUCAAGCAGUGUAGGACUAGGAAACAAGGGAAAGUUGACACGAAAGCUGAACAUGACUCUCAAUCCCAAUUGCAGUUUACCAGAAUGUAAAGGAGAAACGGAUAAUUCCAUAAAUCUAGUCCAUGUGACAGCAGAAGGAGAUUCAGAUGUUUUACACUAUGUUUGGAGUUCUGUUGGAGCACCAUCUGUGUUGAUUGCAUGUACAUCUUUAAAUUCAACACUAGAAAUAGACUGGAAGAACUUGUUAAAUGAGUCAGAAGUUGAAGGUUCUAUUAAUUUUUCUGAAAAACCGUAUUAUUCUUUAGGUCUUGUUCUUGCAAAGAUUUGGCAGUUCAAUGAUACAGAGGACGUAGGAAAACUUGAUUCAGGGUCAAACAUUUCAUUUCCGUUACCCUUAAUGGAAAUGCAAUGGGAGAAUAUAAACAGGACCAUGCAUUGCAGCAACAACCAUUGUUCUGCAGUUUUUCAUACUCUCUCUAGUGAUCCAAAAUAUUUCUUACCAAAUGGUUCAUUUUCUUUUGAGGUGACUGCUCAUUCACAUGAUGGAAGGAGCAAUAUAUUACCUCAUUUGGACCACACUGCUAACAGUUCUCAGCUCAACAUUGUGUUGAAUGGAAUGAAUUCAGAGUUUAAUGGGAGUCGUUUUGCCUUGGAGUUUAUAUUAAUCGGUUCCGACACCAUAACCGAGAAAGAAAGUAAUGUAGAAAUUGAAAGCCAAAAAUCUAUUGAUGAUGAAUAUACACCUGGUAUUUUUGAGAGAGAUGUUUUGAUGACCCCAGCUUCACAUUUCACUGGCUCGGGAGGAUAUUUACAAUGGAAACCAGUUUGUUAUACUAAAGAUGAAAGAACAAUAGCACAUUCAACAGAAUCGUAUAGUUAUGGCAUACAGAAAACUAAUAACUCUUUGCCUUUCAGUAUUACAAAAGCUUUUUUUAACUCCUCUCUUCCUCCCAACUCAUUGUCAGCAUUUAAUAUUUCUUUUGGCUCUAGUGGAGAUGGAUUUUAUCUAAAAACUAAUUACACCUCGUGGUCAAUGACUGUAGGAUAUGGCAGACCUCCUUCAGAUCAGUUUUCAUUGAUGAUUAUUCUCAUUAUUUCUAUUGGAUUAGGAACUCCAUUAAUUUUAAUGGUUGUUUGGGGGGUGGGCUUUUGUGUUCAAAAAUUCACGCGUAAACAAGAUGACUUGCUUUUAAGCAGUGAUUGAAGGUAAUUCACUUUGUAUGUAAAUAGAAUUUCUCAGUAAAUGCCAAAGAGCAAGAGAAACUAAAAUAAAGAGUAUUAGUGUUACCUAGAUGUAAUCCACUUAAAAUAGAUACAACAUUUUGAAAUAAUUGCAAGGUGUUGACUUGAUAAAUUAUUAGGUUUUUAGGUGAUGAAAUUUAAGAUCGUCUUGAGAAAAAAAAAUAUUUGUGUUCAAUAAUAACAGUCCAAUUACACAUUUCAGCAGUCACCAAAAAGUAUUGUUUAUAUUUCUAUUGAGAUAAAAUGAAAAUAUGGGAUUUAUAGAUGCUCUUUUUUUUUUUUAUGAUCUUGAAACUGACUUCUGAAGUAAUAAUCUUUAAUAUAUGUGAUAAUAUAUAACGAUUGCCGGAUAUGUGUAUGUAUCCAUCCUUAGGAACCUGGGACUAUGUCUAACAGCCUUAAAAUUUUUUUUUUUUUCAUAUCUUUCAGUUUAAUGUUAUGUAAGGCUUUUCUCACAAAUAUGUUUCACAUGUGAUUACCUGUGCUGAUACUAAUGUGUGUUUUUAUAAGUUGUUUACUCAAGACUUUUUGAUAAGUAUAUUUUUUGUCUAACAGUAUGCAGAAGAUUUUGCUUAUAUGUGGUUAUUUGAGUAUGAUUUAAUUUUUUUACCUGAAAUUAACUAGAAGAGUGGUCAAGAUAAACAGAAACACUCAAUUGUGAAUAAUUAAUAAUUAUAUUUUUAUAAAAGAAUAGCUGUGGCAUUUGUAUUAAAUUGUAAUGAAACCACAUCUUUGAGCAUUUUUUCUUAAAAAAAAUUGAAUUUAUUCAAAACUUUCGGUGUGAACAUAAGUAUUAAAUCCUAAGUGGCAUAAAAUUGUUAUUAUUAGUAUUUUGUCCAAAUAUUAAGCAUCAUUUUUAAAACAAUAUAAUUUUUUUUUACAUUUUGCAAUCACUGAAAAGGGCAAAAUUUUACUUAUCAAUAAUGCAUGGAUACAAUACCCUUUUUAUUUGCACUAAAGAAUUUGAAUAAACCUAUACAUUCCUUUGUUUCCUUGAACCAUUGUUUUAUGUAUGUUUAGAUUUGCAGUGAAUUCACUUCAGUGUUCAAUAUGACUGUAUCCUUCAUUCACAAACUUUAGUAAAUAUUAGCACAAUGAAUGAUAAAUAGGACUACUGUGUAAAAUAAGAUGUUUUUCAAAUUACCUGUAGAAAAAUAUUUUGCAAAUUCUAAGUCAAUAAUGUAUUGCAGAAAAGUGAUGCCUUAUAUAUAUUGGAAGUUUUUUUUUUUUACUCUUAACACAGUGCACAUUGAAUUAAAGCAGAAUCAGUCAUAAGAUUAUCAAUCAUCUGUUAUUUAAAUGUUGUAAAAGUGCAUAUCCAUGUACUCAUAAUUUUGGGCCACUUACGAUUUUUAAUUACUUAAAAAGCUGUAGGAUAAAGUUGAAACCAUAGAUAGUAGAAAAAGUUUAACUAAAUCCCUUUCUUACAUUUUACUUGGUUACAUUAAAUCUGUGGUAGCAAGCUAAAUACUAUUCUGUAUAACAUAAGAAUUUGUACACACAUUUUUUGUUAUUCUUAGUCUUAAAUAUUACUCAUGAAAGUGUGAAGAACUUAUGCAUUUAAAAGUAUUUUUAUAGUAGUAUCAUAAAAAUAUUUCUAGUUUAGAAAUGAUGAAACAUGCAAUGCAACAAACAUUCUGAUAGGUUUCUGAAACAAUAACUAUUCAAUACAGCAAGCAAAAUUCGAUUUGGUUUUGUUUUAAACUGUGUAUUUACCUUUGGUGACUUUAUUAGUAUUAAAUUUAUGGGUCUUUGGAUGCCUGACUUACUAAGCUGUUUAAAAAGUUGGUAAAUAAAAUAUAGUAAGGCCAAAGCUGUUAAAUAUAUUCUUCAUUCACAUCUAAUGUUUAGUAUGGCAGUUAUGUGGCUUGUGAACUGAUUUUUAUUACACUUUUCACAACAGUAGUUUUGGGAUAAAUAGCAAAAUGGAAAAUUCUGGUAUUUUGUUUUAGGUUUACCUGAAUGUUUUUUUUUUAUCUAUUUUUUCAAAACUUGUGUCAAAAAGUAGAUACAAAGAAAUCCAUUGGCACAAUAUAUAUACAGGCUCUUCACAAGUAUGGUAAGUGGUGUGGGUGUAAUAGUAUGUUAAAUCUACUGUAAAAACAUAGAAUUGUGCUUGAUGCUUUGUCAUGGUUCAUUUAUAUCUUGUUUGUGCUCUGUAUGAAGUUAUUAGAAUUUUUAUGUUAGAAGAAUAUGGGAUAUCUUUCUCUCUCUCUCUCUCUUCUUUUUUUUAAUAUUAGGAAUUUACUUUUGUUAUUUUGAAGUACAACUAAUUCAAGGAUAAGAAUACCCAGUGAAUGAAUUAUUCCAUUUUCCCAUCUGUAACAUGUAUAUCCUCUGAAUAAUUUACAUUAUAAAUUGUUUCAUAAUAUUUAUUUAAAUCUAAUAAAAAAAAGUCUUUUGAACAACAAAUAGCUAAAACUUUUUUUGUAGCUGAUCUUAAGGGUAACUUUAAAUACAGGCUUAUUUUAUAGCAAUCCAAAAAUUACUUAAAACGUUUGGGUACUUUCAGAGUGUUGUGGAUUUUUAAUUAGUAGCUUACUUUUACUCCUGCUAAAGAAAGAAACAACUUUUGGGAAGAGCUAAAAAGUUUUUGAUUGUUAUCAUUGCUUUAUACUGCUAUCUUGUUCAAAAUGUAAUUGUAUUUUAAUUUUAAGAUAUUUAAGUGAGAAUUUUUCUUUCAUAUUUUUUCUGAUGCUGAAAGGUUGUCCAGUGUUUCACAAAAUUUAUACAUAUAACCUAUUAGAUAUAUUUCACAAGGUUUCUGACAUAUUUUCUAUUUUUGCAAUUCAUGUUUUAACAUCAGUCAUUCGUACCAAGGUAUAUCUCUACCCAUUCUGACAAUACACAUAUUCAUUAUUCAGUCUCGGAAACAUUUGUAAGGAUAUUUUUUUCAUCUGUAAGUGAAGACAAACCACAGUGUUCUGAAAUGUAUAGAAAUCUCUUAAAAACUUGAAAAUAAUUAAAAAGAGGCAAUCAUUUAAAAAAAUAAAAUCAUCAACAUAAAAAUCAAUAAAAUUAGAUCUUUGUUUGCUUACAAGUUUAAAGUGUCAACAUUCAAAGUGUUUUACAGAUUUGUUCCUAUAUUCUGAAAACAUUACUUCAUACAAGAAUAAAAUAGUAUUUAAUUUUCACAAAAUUGUAAGUUUCUUAAAUUAUGGAAUACACACUUAAUUUUUAGCACUGAAAUUAAAAUAAUGAAUAUUGUUUUUAUAUAUGAUGAUUUAGAGUUAAAUUUUAUAAGUGGGUUGUGUCAAAUAGUUCCCCUAUUUCAUAUUAUGUAAGAAAAUGUAACCAUCUUGGAAAUUUUCGUUCUUGCGUGGUCUUAGAAUACAUUUAUGUCUUGCACGUAUUUAUGGUGUAGGAGGCUUUGUUAAGUAUUCAACUCACGAUUUACUUAAGACAAAUAUUAAUAAAUUACAUUUAAUUGAAAACAUUAAAAAUGUGAACCACUUGUUCAGCUUUUGGAUAAAUUGUCUGGAGAUAAAUGCUUUGGAAAA